AUGCCUGUUGGACGGACGUCGCCAGUUUUGGCGAUCCUCCUGGUGCUAUUGAUAGGUUUCGCUGAUGGGUCGUUGGAGUUCCCUCGAUAUCGUCGGCACAUUCGCUUACUGGUAGACAGGGUCAAUGAGUUCUCAGGCCCCUUCGUCGGCCUGGUGAUGGCAUAUCGGACGGAGGCCGCCUCUCUCGAAUCCUCCGGUGAGUUCGUCCCUGCGAGAGACGUGCCGUGGAUCGAUCUUUACGGUAAGCGCCUCGCCAUCUCUCUUUUUCUUUCUCUCUCUCUCUCUAGGUUUCUCGCUCUCGCUGUCUCUCUGUCUUCACGAUCCAUUGACCCGCACCACCGACGGGAAUCGAGGCAUUUUACUUUCAUACCUCUAAAAUAUUUAAAAUUGUAAAUUGACUUUUAAAUAAACGCUUUUACAGGAAGGAGAUUCCACGUGGGGACCAUUUGUCGAGUGCCGGUCAUCUGGGUAAUGUCUGGCGAACGGAGGGUAAGAACGGUCUCUCUCUCUCAUAUCUGCGAAGCACCUGACGAAGAAAGCUUGGGACUUUCCGUUUGACCAGUUGAAUGCGGGAAUCACAGUCCAGAUCCUGCUUGACCACUUCGACAUCUGGGGGAUAGUCCACUACGGCAUCGCCGGCGGCGCCGACGACUCUCUCUCCUUCGGCGACGUCAGCAUCCCCAGAUUCGUCGCAUUCACCGGUUCCUGGACAUGGAAGGUGAAUAAGACCUUCACCUCCUCCUCCGCCGCCGCCACCGCCCGUCAGCUCAACCUUCGCGAUCAUUACAUCCUCCCCAGUUUCCUCCUUCAGAGAUUCAAAUCCGCCGACGAAGAGGAGAGCAAGGAGGAGCUCGCCCUGAUGAAGAUCGGCGCCUUCAACAUCCCGGAGAAGGGGAAGAACCUGCUGUCAAGCCUGGAGUUUAAGCCCGAGGAGUUCUUCGCCGUCGGGGAGGAGAUGAAGAAGGUCUUCUGGUUGGAGACCUUCCCCCCCUGGUUCCAACUGGCCCAGAAGCUUCAGGUCUCCUUAUCCACCUGCAGAUCAUACUCCAAAUGCCUCUGCGAACAAAAUCCCCAACUGUGGGAAAUCCUCAUCGCAGGACCUGGAACUGGACCAGUGCGUCAACGCAACCUACUGCCUGCCGUCCCCCCCGCGAGUGGUCGCCGGCCUCAGAGCAUCCACCGCCGACAUAUUCGUCGACAACGCAGCCUACCGGCGGUUCCUCUCCGAGAAGUUCAACGUCUCCACCGUCGAUGAGGAGAGCGCCGCCGUCAUCAUGGUUAGUUGAUGGCCCAAUUUCAAUCUUAGCAAGAUUUACACGUAAAUGUCUUCCCUUCGUUCGACUGUCUUCCUCCGCCGUCUCCGCAGGCGGCCAUGUCGCCGGGAACGCCGGCGAUCGCCAUCCGGGGGGUCUCCGACAUGGCGGGCGGAGGAACCGCGUGGCCAUCGACGGCUCUGAACUCCUUCGCUUCGGCUAACGCGUUCAAGGCCGCCGUCAAGUUCAUAGAGCUGAUCGGAAGCUGCGGAAGGAUCGUUGGCGGCGCCGCCGGCAGCGUGGAGCAUGAAGAUGCCCGGGCGUGA